UCGGGGACGAAAGCUGACGUCACGGCGCAAGAUGGCCGCCGGUGUUGGAAAUGAAGUAGCAUAGAGGCUGGGCGGUAGGAACGAACCGUAGGCCGUAGGUGUGUCAGUACUCGGUUUCUCCGUGAUAAUGCCAUCGAAAUGCCGAUCGUUGCACGCUAACUCGCGCCUCGUACAGUAUUCGUACGUACGAUCGAAGUUAUUCCGUCGGCCGUGUCUCGGAUGGUGAUGAUAAAUCGCGAAAUAACCGAGCAGCAAAAUUAAGCGGUAUCACCUUCGGAACGAGGUUUCUCAGUCAACACGUCGCGAAUUCAUCGGUGAUACGUAUUUGAUAGGCACUGUGAACGAGAUCGAAGUGAAAAGUAAACGGUGACCUGUCGAGUGUUCGUCCCUGUGUCGUUCGAGUUUUCACGGAUGUCAGACUCGCCUGCCCGGCUCUGGAAAAGAGUCGAGCGUGCUUCAUGAGUGUCAGUUGGAUUCCUAUCGACGUGUUUCGAUAGAAAAUCGCCCUACGACCAGGAAAAGGAGAUGUAAAGGAAAAGAUACGCGUAUAAAAUCGGUUCGUAAAAAAAUUCAAGCGUUCAAGUGCGUGUGCGACACCUUUCCGCGAUCUGUCAAAACCGAUUCGGCAAAGUAACGGUCGUGUGUGUCGAUCUAUUCUGACCGAUCUCGUGCUCCGAGCCCUGAGCUAUCGAAGCGUGCAUCGAUCGAUUUUUCGAAGGGAAAUUCACUGGGCUACGAGUCUCCCUAUCGUGUGUGUAUGUGUGUGUGCGUGUGUGUGCUACGGCCGACACAUCGAUUAUCCCUUUCCGUAAACAAUAUACAAGGACAAGAAUGUGUUACGCGGUGGUAGAAACCAGAUAUGAGUUCCGAUUACGCCGAGAAGACUCGCACGACUAGUCAAAGUGAUGUUGAACUGUUUAAAGAUCGAGCGAUGAUUCCGCCGGUAGGUACUAGUUAACCCGGUAAAAAGGAAAUAAAAACAAUUUUUAUCGUACAACUGUCGUUGAAAUCGAUGAAAAUUUGACGAGGAAGAUCGCAUGGAGAAUUCUAGUGUUCCUUACAGUGAAUGGUUAAUCGUUUGAAAGGAUAAUAAUUUUGAUUCCGCGCGUGGAUAUUGUUAGAAUCAUCGCGUGAAGAAGAAAGAGAGAUCGAAGGAUAGCCAGAGCGAAAGAAAGAGUGAGAGAGGGAGAGAGAGGGCGAGCGAGGAAAUCGAAGAAAAUGACUAUUUGAAAAGAUCGAAACGAACUAAGGAAAGGUACAUAUACAUACAUAUAUAUAUAUAUAUACACACACAUAUAUAUAUAUAUCAAAAAAGAAAACAGAAUUGAUCGCACUUGGCGUGCACUCGCCAAGUAGAGUGUACGUAUAACUGUCGCGUGUCUUCGUGCGUAUGUCUGAUUCUGAUUUGCGUGUAUUUCAAGCGGAGUUUCAGUGUGCCGGAGGGUGAGAAUAGUAGGAUACGCAAAAUGUGGAAUAUGAUGUGCGACGUGAUGCCGACUAUCGCGGAGGACAGCAUUAGCCAACGAAGUUCGCAAUUCUCCGGCGAGGAUGCGAACUUCGAGCAGCUGAUGCUUUCGAUGCUCGACGAGAGGGACAAAUUAAUGGAAUCGUUGCGCGAGAGCCAGGAACGGUUACAGGAAACGGAAGCACGUUUGCAGGAGGUCGAAAAAGAACGAGACUCCUUGAACCGUCAGCUGAAUGCCAAUAUUCCCCAGGAAUUUUCGCAAUUGACGAAGGAACUAGCAGCAGCCCGCGAGAGCAUUUUAGAAAGGGAGGAAGAAAUAUCGGAGCUAAAAGCGGAGAGGAAUAAUACUCGUCUUCUGCUCGAACAUCUGGAAUGUCUGGUCUCUAGGCACGAGCGAUCGCUUAGGAUGACUGUGGUGAAGAGGCAAGCGGCAGCGCAAUCUGGAGUAUCGUCCGAAGUUGAAGUGCUCAAAGCUCUGAAAAGUCUGUUCGAGCACCACAAGGCUUUAGACGAGAAAGUACGGGAACGACUGCGAGUUGCAUUGGAAAGGAAUACGAGCCUGGAAGAAGAACUAGCCAUUAUUAAAGAAGAGCUUCAACAAUAUAAAUUAAGCGGUCAUGCACCGAAGACUAUGGAGGAUAGGCCCAAAGAGAAUGGGCAAACGGAUGAUGGACAACAACAGAACAAGAAUGAAACUGAGCAGGCGGCAAGCCAGCAGGAACAACAGCACGAACCGCAGCAGCAACAACAACAACAGCAACAACAGUCGAUACAAAAGCUAGGUACGGAGAAGUCGACAGAAAUCGGGAGUAGACUGAGCAAUGGAACUCUUGAUCCGUCCGACCAGGAUUCAGCGGCGCGAGUAAUUGAUUUACAAGCCACUGUCGACAAGCAGAGCUCAGAGUUAAGUACAUGGCAACGACGGGUGGCCGAAUUAAGCGGACGAGUAGCGGAAUUGGAAGAAAGCUUAUCCAAGGCUCAAAAAGAUCUGCUGAAAACGCAAGAAACGAAUGUCAAACUACAAAGAGAUUUGCGUGAAAACGUUGCCCAAAAAGAGGACCAGGAGGAAAGGAUAGCAACUCUUGAAAAACGAUACCUUAAUGCUCAACGCGAAUCCACCAGUUUACACGAUCUCAAUGAAAAAUUGGAACAGGAGCUGCAACACAAAAAGGCUCAAUUAAAGCUCCAAGAAGAAAAAAUAGCAGCAAUACAAGAAAAACUAGAACUCGCAGAACAGAAAUUAGCUCAAUAUGCUAAGUUGCCAGAAAUGGAAGAGCAAUUGAAACAGAGGAUGGAGGCUCUGACGCAGGUGAGGAGGCCCAACCAGCAGGCUCAAGAAAGGCACGGUAGUGCAGAGGAUAGGAUACAGAGAUUGGAAACGCAACUAGAGGAAAAGAACGCCGAAGUGAUGCGUGUUAAUCAACGGCUUAAAAUGAACGAAGAGCAUAAUACACGACUUAGUACAACGGUUGAUAAACUUUUGUCGGAAUCUAACGAAAGGUUACAGGUGCAUUUGAAAGAACGAAUGCACGCGUUAGAAGAGAAGAACGCGCUCACGCAAGAGCUUGAAAAGACCAGAAAGAUCGCGGAAGAUCUCCAAAACGAGAAGGCUGAAAUAGUUAAGGAAUUAGGGAAAGCUCGUCUCGAAAUUGAUAAUGUGAAAAGACAGAUGCUUCAACAAGAAAUCGCAUUCAAUAUUCAACAAACGGACGCUUUGACCAGAAGUUUGUCUCCCAACGCGGUGGAUCCAGGCUCCUUUUCUAGAAGCGCGAGCCACAGUAGCUUCGAUACCCAUUCUUUACCGAGGAGAACGGGUAAACGACCUGCGAUCGAAGAUGAUCCAUCGAAGGUAAACAAAAUAUAUAAGCGUCUACGGAUAAGGAUGAGUGUUGACGAAAAAAGUUUAUUUCAGAAUUACGUAGUUCGCACUUUAGCCGAACAAGAAUGGGAAAAAUUACAGCAAGCGCAUGUCCUUGCCAAUGUGCAACAAGCGUUUGACGUUUCCAGUGACGCGGAAGGUGACGGAGACAAUGAAAGCCUUUUUAGUUGCGCAGCCGAUGUAAUUAGCCCAACAGGACACACAGAUGCUCAAACGUUAGCUCUCAUGUUACAGGAACAAUUAGAUGCGAUUAAUAACGAAAUUAGAUUGAUUCAGGAAGAAAAACAAAGCACGGAAGCUCGCGCGGAAGAAUUGGAAUCGCGAGUUGGCAGUCUUGAACAUAUGAAUUUAUUAGCGAGAGGUAGAAGCCUGGAACGAGCAUCUCCACCGUUAAGCGGACGAUCUACGCCAAAAUCGCAUCAUAGUCCUAACAGGGAUUACCUACAUAAAUAUCAUACCGCACCAGCAUCAAUGUCCCCGGCACACCUCCACCAAUACGCUGCUUCCUUAGCUAGUCCAGGUCAACUUUCGGAAUCCCUUCCUGCAAGUCAGUUACAGUUAUCAGGUGAAGAAUUACAUUCAGUGAGCGAAAGGGAUAGCACUGGCGGUGCAGGAAGCGGUGGCAGCGAUGCAGCUUCGCCGUUAACUGCUCGAUCUAUCAGGCUGGAACGAGUAGUACAAGCACUUGCUCACAGUCAAGAAGAACUAAGAAGACGUACUGGACAAGCCGGAUUUCCCAGCAGUGGUUUUCCUGCUCACAGGCAUGGGCAACAUAACAACGGCGCACUCAAUUCUGGGACUCCCCCUUCCCCAUUGUCCUCACGCCAUAGCAGCCAGGACAGUUUGCACAAGAACAACUUGCCCGGUGUCGGAUUGCCAAUCGGACAACUAUCCAGCUCGCAUUUGCACAUGCAGUCAACGAUGAGUCCAGCUACAGCGGCGGCAGUGGCUGCUGCUCAAAAGAAAAAGGGCAUCAAGAGCAGCCUUGGAAGAUUUUUCAGCAAGAAGGAAAAGAUAAAGGGAAAAGACACAGCGAUGCCUGGAGAUAUACCCGGUAUGGGAGGAGCAAGUACUCCCGCUGAUCCUGAUUACGGGGAUAGCGUAUCCGUAGCUGGAACUAUGGGCAGCAAAAGCGAUUUCGAUCGUAGAAAAAAGAAAAGUAUGCUAGAUUCCUCGAGGCACGAACUUUUGGCGGAAGCGAUGAAAGCUGGAACACCUUUCGCGUUAUGGAACGGGCCAACUGUCGUGGCUUGGCUCGAGCUGUGGGUGGGCAUGCCCACCUGGUACGUAGCAGCUUGUCGAGCCAACGUAAAAAGCGGUGCCAUAAUGAGUGCUCUUAGCGAUACCGAAAUCCAACGUGAGAUCGGUAUAAGUAAUCCUUUACAUCGAUUGAAAUUACGAUUAGCUAUUCAAGAAAUGGUGUCACUCACAAGUCCAUCAGCACCGAAAACCUCUCGCACAACUUUAGCUUUUGGAGAUAUGAACCACGAAUGGAUUGGUAAUGUUUGGCUACCAAGUCUCGGAUUACCUCAAUAUCGAUCCACUUUCAUGGAGUGCCUUGUCGAUGCUAGAAUGUUGGAUCAUCUUACCAAAAAGGACCUUCGCGGUCAACUUAGGAUGGUUGAUAGUUUCCACAGAACAAGUUUGCAGUAUGGCAUUUCGUGUUUGAAGCGAUUAAAUUACGAUAGGCAACAAUUAGAAGAAAGAAGACGAAUGGCAGAAGGUGCCAACGUCGAUGUUCUUGUGUGGAGCAAUGAUCGUGUUAUAAGAUGGGUGCAAUCUAUCGGCCUGAAAGAAUACGGGAACAACCUGUUGGAAUCUGGGGUACACGGAGCUCUUAUAGCCCUCGAUGAAAGUUUCGAUGCAAAUAGUUUCGCUCUAGCCUUGCAAAUACCGACUCAAAACACGCAAGCUCGACAACUGUUGGAAAUGGAAUUUGCAAAUUUAUUAACUGUGGGAACAGAGAGGCGAAUCGACGAAUCGAACAGUAUGAAAUCCUGAUCCAACUCAUCCAGUAGGCUGCCUCAUCUUCAACCACACCAUGUCUAGUCCAGAACCCCAGAUAUUACUACUCUCUGUACGCAAGUGUGUUGUAAAAGUUGUAAGAGCUUUAAGUAUCAUUCUAAGGGUAACUUUAUACUGUUAAGAGUGUAACAUGCGGUGGUAUGAAAAAGUGAUUGAACAUAAAACUGUUAAAAAAAGGAUGAUUAUAUCGUACGUUCAAUAAGGAAGUUUAAAGCGUUUUAUCGAUUUUGACGUCACGCGUUUCAUAAAUCGCAUGUUACGCGUUUCGCUGAACAAAUAAAUAAUUCUGAAUGAAAUUGCUUUCGUAUAGAUA